AGGAAUGUAUCGAGCAGUAGAAACGAGGAAUGAACAGGUGGAGAUUAUCGCGCCUUCGGAAGUGUAUACAGAGAAACUGGACCGACCGUGGAGUUCCUUUGGUACCAAGCGGACCAUACUCAUCAGCUACCGGGCCUACGAUACAGUUAAGGUCACCCGCUCCACCUCCAAGACGCACAAGCCACCGUCAGAUAUAUUCUUCUUUUGUCUACGCCUGUUGGAAUAUGACCCAAACAGUGAAGAUCCCCAGCGAGGGCGGGCCAUAAUCGAGUACCUGGAAAGUGUACCGAACAUUCUCCCGCGAGACGUACGCCGGGAUGUGUACCGUAACAUAGUCAAUGCGUAUGCCUUGGACUUGUCUGCGCGUGGGUUUACGCAUUUGUAUCUGAGAGCGGAGCCACCGGAUGUGGGAGAGAGUUAUAUAUUCCCAGGCAGUUGGCAGGGCAGUAAGAAGCGUAGCUCAGCGGACAUGCCGGCCUAUGAGUAUCUGCUGAAGUGGUACACGGGGUUGUUCGAGUAUUUGCUAAGAGAGGAUUCAAUCAGUGACUACUGCAAGAUAUCCGACAAUCUGCGCGGUGUGGAUGAUCUCAAGAGCUUACCCAUAUUCGAUGGCGACAUUACACUCCCACGUGUCCUGGAAAUUGUCUUUGCGCGUGAUCGGACCAUCUACGAUGACGAGCGCUUUGCCGAGCUUUUCAAGUCGCAAAUGUCUCUCCUACGCAACGUAGCCUAUCCUGAGAUUUACUUUGUGCUGACACUGGUGGACGGUGUGCCCCAGUUAAAGUAUGACGGGCAGAUGUACAGGCACGGCCCCCCCAUGAAGCGAGGGGUGACGGAGAACUACAAGGGCAUCAGUCUGUUCUGUGAGAGGCACGGGCUCUCAUUCCGAAACAAAGAGGAGGCAGCGCAGGCGAGUGCGGCGCUGUGGCUGGAGCUGUUUGUGACUGCGUAUUCACCCAGUCAUAUCAAGAGAUGUGCGGACGGUGGCUGCGAACGAUUGAGGCGAUUGCUCAAAGCGGACCGAUGGCACGACCGCCAAUUCUCAGAGCUAACAUAUAUACUGUCAGCCUUCCGAGCGGAAACAGACGCCGAAGACGAGAGAGCCUUAUCACCCCAUGUCAAAAGGCAAAAACCCACUAACAGAAACACACCCGACCUGGUCGACCCAGGUGCCCACCCAAAACGGUGAGUGUUCGCAGUUGUGGAAGCAGUUGGGGCUGUGUUUGCAAGCCUGUAUCAGGGCAACGCCAGUACAUCUAUUAAAUAUUUUGACCUUUUACCUAUUUUUUAUCGCGUUUUUUUAUCGCGUUUUUGUUAGGGAGAGAAGGAAGCCCGAACCAAGGAGCAGCUACGAAGAUGAAGCCGUCGAACCACGCAGACCUCGCACCCGUUCAACAAGAGGCUCUUGACAGCAGCACAGGACAGAUAUCAAAGCAAACCACCUCAUAGUUCUCAUGACUUCCAAUAAGUGCUAUGUGUGUCGGGAACAUCACUUUGCUGCUUCAUGUAACGAGACGAUAGGUCGCAACAGGAUGAUACCUUUCAAAGCUGCUUUUGAUUGGUAUUCAAUAUUCGAAAGUAUUAAAAGUAGUGCUACGUUCGCGGUAGUACUCAGCAUCGCGGUACUACCGGUAGCAAAUACGGGUAGUGCAAUUUGCCG